AUGGCCAAUACAGGAUCUUUCAUUUCUCAUGCUCUUCUUAUGAACAGGACUUCUACAACAAAUGUGUCUCGGAGGCUGUGGUCCAAGGCCAUUUUUGCUGGCUAUAAAUGGUGUCUCCGGAACCAGAGGGAACACACAGCUCUUUUUAAAAUUGAAGGUGUUUAUGCCAGAGAUGAAACUGAAUUCUAUCUAGGAAAGAGAUGUGCUUAUGUGUACAAAGCAAAGAACACAGUGACUCCUGGUGGUAAACCAAACAAAACCAGAAUCAUCUGGGGAAAGGUAACUCGUGCACAUGGAAACAGUGUGGUUCAUGCUACAUUCUGAAGCAACCUUCCUGCUAAGGCCAUUGGACACAGAACCCAUGUUACGCUGUACCCCUCGAGGACUUAA